GCCGCGGGAGUGGUUCCCGGUCCCGGAGGCUGUGGGCGCUGUGGGCCACGCACACACGCCUGGCUGCUGCGGGCUGCCCCGGGCCGGGGGAGCGGAGCAGGUCGGCGUUGCGAGCCGAAUCCGUCGUGUCUCGUGGAAGGCGAAGCCCGGGUUACUGUCACCGCCCCGGAGCCCCCAGCGGGUGGCAGUUGACCGGGUCCCGCAGGAUGUCCCAGGGCUCUGGGCUGGGAGUGUGGGCGCAGUCGGGAGGUGGGAUGUGCCCCAGGGUGCAGCGGUGAGAGCGGACGAGUCUUUGAAUCUGGUUUGAUCGCUGGAAGCUCCCCGGGGACUCCGGACCAAGUGCUCCCCGGCUCCCGACACAGGCUUGUGAGUCAGGGCCAGGACGCUUAAGCAGUGAUAUAGGAUCGCCCGUGAACACACAUGCAGCUCCCGGCCCUAGAGCUCCAGACCGGUGUGCGGGCGAUGGCGACCCUGCUCCUGCCAGCCCGGCCCCAGAAGUCGGUGACCUUUGAGGAUGUGGCCGUGUACUUUACCCAGGCGGAGUGGGCCGGCCUGUCCCUCGCGCAGCGGGCCCUCUACAGGGAUGUUAUGCUGGAGAACUUCCGGAACGUGGCUGCCCUGGGACUUCCCAUCCUCAGGCCUGACAUGGUCCCCCAGCUGGAGGGAGGCGGAGCGCUGAUAGCUGCAGGGGGCCUCUGCACGGGUAAGGAAGGCCUGGAUGGCUUGAAAGGAUGCAAAGAAAAUAUUGAUACCCCGACAGUCAACAAUUUAACAGAGGGAAAGUAUGAAAGAAAAGAGAUGUCAUUUGAACUUCAGAGGGACUCUUCUCAGAAUACUGACUUUGCAGAACCCUGUGUUCUAGGGAAAUACCAGAAAGUCCACGUAGUAGCAGGCAGGGAGAAAGAAAACUACAAUGUCAUUGUCGUAUCAGUGAAGGAUGAGGCCAGCCCCGGGGAGCCGUCUUCUGAGUGUGCACAUCUGGAGAAGGGCUUCAGCUUUGACACAAAACAUUGUCAGCGUGAAAUCAUUCAUACUAGAGAAGGACCUUUCAAACGUGAAGAGUUGGUGGAAAGCUUUAGGUGUAAUUCUCCACUGCAUCAACGUCCCAGUUGCUGUGCUGGGGAGAAGCCCUCCCAAUGUGAGGAGUGUGGCCAAGCCUUCAACGUUCAAGCAAAAUCAACGUGGCAUCAGAGACUCCACAGUGGCGAAAAGCCCUUCAGAUGUGCGGAGUGUGGGAAAAGCUUCCGUUACAGUUCCCAUUACCUCACACACCUGACAGUGCACAGUGGGGAGAAGCCCUAUCAGUGUCCGGUGUGCAGGAAAGCCUUCAGUAUCAACGGGAGCCUCAGUCGGCAUCAGCGAAUCCAUACAGGGGAGAAGCCCUAUCAGUGCAAGGAGUGCGGGAAUGGCUUUAGCUGCAGCUCUGACUAUAUCACGCACCAGAGAGUUCACACUGGGGAGAAACCGUUUGAAUGUCAUGACUGUGGGAAAGCUUUCAGUGUUAAUGCCAAGCUAAUCCGACACCAGAGAAUUCACACGGGAGAGAAGCCUUAUGAGUGUGAUGAGUGUGGGAAAGGCUUCCGGUGCAGCUCCCAGCUGAGGCAACACCAGAGAGUCCACACAGGAGAAAAGCCCUGUCAGUGUCUGGUGUGUGGCAAAGCCUUCAGUAAUAAUGCAAAACUCAUGCAGCAUCAGAGAACCCACACGGGUGAGAAGCCACAUGCAUGUGCCGAAUGUGGGAAAGCCUUUAGCACCAAGGGGAAGUUAAUCCAGCACCAGAGAAUCCACACAGGUGAGAAGCCCUAUGAGUGUACUGAGUGUGGCAAAGCCUUCCGGUGCAACUCCCAGCUUCGGCAGCAUCUGAGAAUCCAUAGCGGCGAGAAGCCCUAUGAGUGUCAUGAGUGCGGAAAGGCUUUCAACGUCAAUGCAAAACUGAUGCAGCACCAGAGGACACACACUGGGGAGAAGCCCUUUGCAUGUGAUGAGUGUGGGAAGUGCUUCGCAUCGAAAAGAAACCUCGUGGAUCACCACCGCAUCCAUACAGGAGAAAAGCCGUACCAGUGUAAAGAAUGUGGGAAAGCCUUCAGCAUCAAUGCCAAACUGACAAGACACCAGAGAAUACAUACAGGGGAGAAACCCUUCAAGUGCGUGGAGUGUGAGAAAGCCUUCAGUUGUAGUUCUGACUACAUUGUGCAUCAGAGAAUUCAUACCGGAGAGAAGCCCUUCCAGUGUAAGGAGUGUGGGAAAGCCUUCCAUGUUAAUGCCCAUUUAAUCCGGCAUCAGCGAAGCCACACGGGGGACAAACCCUUCCGAUGUGUGGAAUGUGGCAAAGGCUUCAGCUACAGUUCCGACUGCAUCAUCCAUCAGACGGUCCAUACUUGGAAGAAGCCCUAUGUGUGUGAUGUGUGCGGGAAGGCCUUCAGGUUCAGCUUCCAGCUUAGCCAGCAUCAAAAUGUCCACCGUGAAGGGAAAUCCUGAUACUGAGGUAGAUGUAGGAAACUCCGGGUUGAUGGAGAGAUGGAUUGAGGAUAUUAGAUUUCACCUAAUGGGAGAGCAGGUGAGGAAGAAAUACAGCAGUAUUCACGUGGAAAGAAAUAAUACCAUUUUAUGAAUUUUUCAUCAGGAAUGAAAACCAGUUAGAAAGUAAUGUCUACAAAUUGCUGGUUUCAUAAUGACAAUUAGAAGCAAAGGGAAGAAAAUAUCCCAUUCCCAGCAACAGUAAGGAAAGCCGUUUCCUCUGAAUAAACUUCCAUGAACUUUAUAUAAAAAUUAUGUCUCCAAUAGAAUAUCCGUAAAAGGAAAUUUGAAUAAAUGGAGAGAAAAUUUAUUCUUGGAUAGAUAAUUCCAGUUACUCUGCCUAGAUUUAUUUCCCUUUCGUUUAAAACAGCAUGUAUCACUUUUGUACAAUGGAAAAACAAUAAAGAUUUCCA